GGGACCGCUACUAUUCAUUUGUUCCCGAAGCUUCAUUGGCACAAACAAUUGGCAUCCUCCUAGAAUGAUUUCUAAUUUUCUUCUCAGAACCAGUUCUGAUAAGCUGAUCUCUCAUCCACCAGAACUUGACAACUAUGUCGUGUUUGGCAUCUUGCUUUGCUUCUUUGACCUGCGGUCUUUGCACCUCGGUGGCGUCUGGGAUCAGCAGCCGCUCUGCUAGGCUCGGCUACUGUCUCAUCUUCGGAUUCUCCUUGGUUGUGUCUUGGCUUCUACGAGAAUUCGCGGCUCCCGUCCUCAAGAAUUUCUCAUGGAUAAACAAUUCACAAAAUCACCAUGAUGAAUGGUAUCAAAUGCAAGCAGUGCUUCGCGUUAGCUUGGGGAACUUUGUGUUUUUUGGAUUUCUUUCUCUCCUUAUGAUUGGGGUGAAAUAUCAAAAUGAUAGGCGUGAUUCCUUGCAUCAUGGUGGAUGGGUUUUAAAGUUUGCUGUUUGGGUUGUGCUCCUCAUUCUCAUGUUUUUCCUCCCAAACACCGUCAUUAAUAUUUACGCAAUCAUUUCAAAGUUUGGUGCCGGACUAUUUCUUGUCAUUCAAGUAAUACUUUUAUUGGAUGCCACACUCUCAUGGAAUGAUGCAUGGGUAGCCAAAGAUGAGCAGAAGUGGUAUAUCGCUUUACUAGUUGUAUCUGUUGCAUGCUACCUAGCAACAUAUGCCUUUUCGGGCAUUCUAUUUAUUUGGUUCAAUCCUUCUGGGAAUGACUGUGGAUUGAAUGUAUUCUUCAUAGUUAUGACCAUGAUUCUUGCGUUUGUGUUUGCUGUCAUCGCCUUGCACCCAAGGGUAAAUGGAAGCCUGUUGCCUGCCUCUGUGAUAUCUAUGUACUGUGCUUAUCUGUGCUACACGGGUCUUUCUAGUGAACCUAGAGAUUAUGUGUGCAAUGGCCUCCCGAACAAAUCAAAAGCAGUUACCAUUAGUACCCUAAUUCUUGGGAUGCUUACAACUGUUCUCUCAGUUUUGUAUUCUGCACUUCGUACUGGCUCUUCAACUGCUUUUCUCUCACCACCAUCUUCUCCGAAAUCAGAUAAGAGACCUCUUCUUGGAACUGAGGAAGAUGUGGAGUCUGGUGGUAAAGGCAAAGGAGGAGAAACAGAAGCACGACCGGUGAGUUACUCGUAUUCAUUCUUCCAUCUCAUAUUCACACUGGCCAGCAUGUAUUCCGCCAUGCUUCUGUCCGGGUGGACGAGCAGUUCAGAGAGCUCUGAACUUAUAGACGUGGGUUGGACCUCGGUUUGGGUUCGUAUAUGCACCCAGUGGGUCACUGCUGCUUUAUACAUUUGGUCACUCACCGCUCCUCUCAUCUUCCCUGAUCGUGAAUUCUACUGAAUCUGGUUCAGUUCAUGUGUUAGAUGGAUUCACAGUAUUAGACUAUUAUUCCAUCUCUCCUGUUAAUAUGUGUGGAUGUUCAUAAUGAUUUACCUGGGACAAAUUUAGUGGCUAAGCAGGGUGGUGCUUCUAUGUGUUUUAUCUUUUCCUUGGUGUAUGCGGGAAACUGCUCAUAUCAAAUAGUGCGAGUUUGUGACAGAUGAUAUAUGUGUAACUUAUAAUAAGAGGUUGCUUGACAAAUGUUGUGGCUUAUGAAGUUUUUGUUGGUUACUAAGAUUUGUUUUGACAAAAUCUAUUAUUAAUUUUCACUUUAGUUAAUUA